AUGACCACCAUUAACACGAACGAGUGGCCGCCGAGCAAUCUAUCGAAUCUGCUUGUGGUGGCCGAUUGGAAACGAGUUGAUGAGAUCGGCAACAUGACCGACGAGGACAAGAGAAAUACGUGCAUUUUCGAGAUGUCGAAUCGAACGAGGAACACCAAGGGAUACUAUCAGGCGCUAAACGAUCAACAACUCGUCGGGAAUGGUGCCCUCUAUGCGGUGAUGCGAGUUAAGGGAUGGAGGACCGCUGCCGAGAUGAAAAAUUUGACAAUGGAGGAUCUUCGCGAAACGGCUAUUGUAAACUUGAACUACAAGAGAAUCCCCAAUAUGCAAUCGUACUCGAAUUUUGAGUUGGCAAGCUGGGCUUGUUGCGACGAUAUGCCAAUGGUCGUCAACUUUUCCGAAUCGAACAAAACAUUUGUGAUC